UUACUGUACUGCUCGCAUAUUCUUGUGGAUAAUACUUGCUAAUAAACCAUCGAUUGUUGUGCAGCACUAAUUGCUAAUGUAAAGUAGAACUGUGGUGUUGUGUGGACAAGUAGAGAGUUGUGAUCCGGCUCAUACGCUUGGUAAACCCUGUUAGAAGGUAACCGGUAUAGGAGAGGGCAAGCAAGUUAAUCAAACGACCUGCCGAAUUCGUCUCGAAAUCAAAUUACAUAUUUCAGUUAUUAAGUCGUAAUGUCUGAUCUUGGAAGUGGCGACGAAGGCAUCUCAGGAUCAAAAUACAAUGCAAGCAAUAUGGAGGGUUCUUCAAGCAGAAAUGACUUUGAAUCGUCUGGUAAAACUAGUAGUGCUGUGGAACAAGAGCUAGCAACAAAAAUGCUCCAAAUACAGUCAAAGCGAUUUUACUUAGAUGUAAAGCAAAAUCGACGAGGACGAUUUAUUAAAGUCGCAGAGAUUGGAGCUGAUGGACGAAGAAGUCAAAUAUAUUUGGCACUAUCAACCGCUGCCGAGUUUCGUGAUCAUCUUUCGUCAUUUAGUGACUACUAUGCCUCUUUAGCUGGGAAAAUUGCAGGGCCCCCAAAUACAGACAAUUUGCCGGAGGAUGGAAAACUAAAGUCUGAGAUGAUGAUAAAGGAUAAUAGACGAUAUUAUUUGGACUUGAAAGAAAAUGCCCGCGGACGAUUUCUUCGAGUGUCGCAAACAAUCACAAGAGGUGGGCCAAGAUCUCAAAUUGCUUUACCAGCUCAAGGGAUGAUUGAAUUUCGAGAUGCGCUAACAGAUUUGUUGGAAGAAUUUGGAGUUAAUGAUGGCGGCUUUAAAGGUGACUUACCAGAAGAACGUCACAUGAAGGUGGACAACAAAAAUUUUUAUUUCGACAUUGGACAAAAUAAUCGUGGAGUGUACAUGCGAAUAAGUGAGGUUAAGAACAACUUUCGUACUUCAAUAACCAUUCCGGAAAAGUGCUGGGUACGCUUUCGGGAUAUAUUCAAUGAUUAUUGCGAUAAAAUGAAAAAAUCGUCCGAUUCAGUCACUGCCGAUAACAAUCUACCAACAACUACUAUAAAUAAUCUUAAGUAAUUGGGAAAUGCUUGAUUUACAUUAUGAUCAGCUAUAAAUAGGCACACGUUAUAUAGAAGGGUUUUUUCAAUUUGUAUGCGCUCUGAAUAGUUUAUUCAUCAAAUCUAAUGUUUAUUGAUGUAUAAUAAAUGUUAAUGAUUUAACGGACGACGUGUAAAUAUUUAUGUAGUCCAGAUAUACAUAUAUAUUAAUGUUAUUUGAGCGCGUAAAUUUGAAAAGCACUUCUAAUUGCAUAGCAUAUACUUAUCAAAGUAUAAUUUAGCUGAUAUGAAUUAAAUCAAAUAUUAGUUAAAUUUCUUUAAUUUAAUAGUUUAAACUUUUAGCAUAGCGUUCAGUUUCAUUAGCUGAAAAGAAUCGUUUGAACGAUAAAAGUAUUACAACUAAUUGAGUGUUUGCAAAAAAUGUAACCCACCCUAACAUUGUAAUUUAUUAAUUUUUCAUCAUUGUUUUAAAAUUGACCAAAAAAAAAAACAAGACAAACAUUAGUUGGUGUAAAUUUCUUCCCAUGGGCUUGCAUAUGAUAUGCAUAAGAGAAGAAUUGUCCUAUUUGAAGUAAUCAUGAAUCUGUUUUCAUAGGAUUAAAUAAAAUAUUUUCAAUGGAACUUCAUCAACAUAGCAAUUAUAGGGUAAUGUUUUAUUAUCUGGGUGUUAGAACAGCCUGUUUUAAACCUAAGUUGCCAUCGUUUUUUGCAUCAUUAGUAUAUAGAUAAUAUUUUAAUCUUCGGAUUAAAUUAAACAAUGAACUUAUAAAUUUA